GAAGCGGCGCCGAAGGACGUGGCAGAAGAGCAAGCGCGAGGAGAAGGAGAGGCUGGUGGCGGCCGCCUCCGUGGCCGGCGGCGGCACCCCGACGCCCAUGCGGUCCGUCCGCACGGCCCCUGGCCACCUGGCGAGCAUGGGCAACGACGCGGCCGAGGCGCCCGCGGCCCGGGCCCCCCUGGGCGGCCACGCGGCGGGGCGGGCGCCGGCGGCGCGCGACUGGGCCGAGGCCUCCGGCUUCUGA